AUGCUUGCAAAUAAUAAGCACAUACUCAGAAGCACAGGAAGAAGAUGUAUUUUGAACUCAAGAUGCUUUAAUAGUCGUAGAAAUAGGACAAUUGGAUCAUAUCGGUUUACAUCUACUGAAGCGAAAGGAUCGUCAUUGACAUCAGCAUCUACAGAAAAGACUAUGCAAGAACAACAAGAAGCAUUUUUGAAGAGUUAUAAGAUAAGAUCAUCAUUGGAACGUCUUAUAUAUCAUUAUGCCCAAAUUCCGUUGACUUCAAUUAGUUUAGAUGGGCUCUGUGAGCAAUCUAAAGAUUUAUCAUCAUCAUCUAUAUUACAAUAUGCGAGAGAUACAGUGGAGUCGUUGCUCACAUAUAAUGCAAGAAGAAUUAGGGAGUUUAGGAAUUUACCAUAUUUAGUCGUUUUGAAUCCAUCUAUUUCAGAGUCGUAUAAUAUUUACUUAGAAACCAUGCAUUCCUUGAUAACAGCAUCAUUGAAUCUUCCAACGACAUUAGAGGAGAAUGAAAAGUUUUGUAACGAUGUACUUAACGGGUUUAUUGAUAUUCACGCUGAUACAUUGCCUGGUCUUUCGAAAGGAUUUGAUGAAGUUUCUAGAUUCUUGGGGGUGGAACAAACAAAGCAAUUCUUGGAUGAACACUUGAAAGAGAGAAUUUGUAUGAGACUUAUUGCCCACCAGCAUAUAGAAUUAUCCAACACAUUGAAAGACAAGUCGAGCUAUGUUAAAGGCAGUAAGUAUAAUGGAGUUAUCAAAGAAUUAAAUAUACCAAAUGUGAUUAAAAAGAGUGCCGAAUUGGUAAAUGACAUUUGCUCGAUGAAAUACGACCAAACUGUUCAAAUUGAAAUUGAUACAAAUUUAUAUCCACCUAAUUAUUGGAGUGGUAAGGCUCCAGAAUUGAAACCAAAAUCGAACGUUGACAACUUCAUUUUCCCAUACAUUGAAUUUCAUCUCGAUUACAUUCUUAUGGAAUUGUUUAAAAACUCCUUUAGAGCACACAUAGAAAAUAAUGUACUUGAGCCUAUAAGAAUAACUAUAUCAAUUUCAAACGAUCCUGCGUAUCUUGAAUUACGAAUCCGUGACAAAGGUAAAGGAAUUAAACCUGCCACCUUAAACCAUAUGUUCGAUUAUUCGUAUUCUACAUAUGAAUCCAAUGAAGGAGAGAGUUUUAAGACUCUAAACGUACCACCAGGAUUAGGUGGUAAUACCAUAGCAGGUAUUGGUUAUGGCUUACCUCUACUGAAGAACUAUGUUGAAAUAUUCAAUGACACUUCCUCACAAACUUCUGAUGGUGAAGCCAAAACUAAGGGUCUGUUAACGGUACAGAGUUAUUACGGAUGGGGUACUGAUGUUUAUCUUAAAAUUUUAGGUACCUAA